AUGGCCGGCCUCAAGGAUAUCACUUACUCGUCCGAGGAGAUAGAUCUUGCAUUAGAGCGGCAACCCGAAGCGCCUCCAUUCGACCGCAGAUACCUCCGCGCUAGCCACGAUUACCAGCCCGAACAAACCACCAUCUCCGGCUCUUCUGGUGGCAUCUCUAUCACCGCACCUCUACGAGAGGGCGAUCUCGUCCUCAUACAUCUUGCUCACCCGAACGGCUGGGCCGAUGGUACCAUACUCUCAACCAAUACCCGAGGCUGGAUCCCUACCAACUACUGUCAAAUUUAUGACCCCCAACCUAUGCGAUCUCUCCUUCAUGCGUUAUACCGAUUGUGGGAUUACUUGAGCAUAGGCGCAAACGAUGAGGCCUUAUCUGAGGACAGGCAGGAUUAUGUUCAAGGUCUCGUAGCUGGUGUUCGCCGCUUGCUCGAACAUUGUGACUGUAUGCACAGAAACGACCAGUUGAUCAAGAGGCAUGUUGCCUUGAGGCGAACUCGAAAAGGUCUCUUGGCAGACCUGUCUAGUCUCUUAGAAGACCGUGACAAGAUACAAAACAUUUCUGACUGUUCAGAUGCCGUCGCGUGUUCCGAAAUUGACGAGUACUUGACCAAUGCUUUCAGAAUAGCACGCAGAGGUGCUCGCUUCCUCGAUCUCUGGACUCAGAGCACUUCUCCAAAGCAGAGACAAUCAAGCACGCAUUACAAUGAGGCCUUCCAAAGCCCUCGAACCGCCAGAGCCUCAAUGCAUGCAGGACUCUCGUCUUCUCCGUUAUCGAACGUCGAUGAACACUCGGUCCGAUCAUCGUCUCCUGAAUACUUCAAGAAAACUCCAAGGUUCCAUUUCAGAGUUCUUGAGUAUGACGAGGCCUCCCAGGACACGAGGGUCGUUGACGAGCAAUUUGGCCCAGAGAUUACCUCGGAGGAACUUCGUCAGAUGUUCUCAAGUAACACAUCGCCCCCGGCACGGCCGUCGUCUGUCACUUUGGAUUCAGAGCCGGUCGUGAACACACUCGCUUUGACCGAAGAUGUGUCUGAUGUGGCAUCCGAACGUCUCACGGCCGCGCAUGAACAGUUUUUGGGCGAUAUCGGUGCCUUCAUUGGCUUUCACCUGCAGUCCAGAACGUCUCUAGAUUUGGCAAGGACAACGACACUUUCCAUAAAAGCAGCCGAGGAUUUACUGGUAAUUGUCGGAGAAAUCUCAGAGCGAGAUCUCAGUCGGUGCCAAGGCAUUUCGGUAGCGUCAGAAAAUAUGAGAGCGAAAAUCAAGGCGCUUGCAGAGACCGCAAGUCGCUUGUGUAAGGUUCCUGCAGACUCGAAUGAUCCAGAGGUAGUAGAAGUUGUGGGCCCAGAAGAUGGUCAAGGACUUGUGGCUGCAGCAACCGCCUGUGUCCGCGCGGCAGGUGAUUGCACUGCAAGAACACGAAAAUUUCUCGAUUCUACAAGUGGUGGCUUUUACCUUUCGAGGCUUUCGUCUACCAUUCAAGACCAACACGAAAGAUCUGGCACAAUUCAAUUAAUCAAAGCACCUGGGGUGAUUACCACUGGUAAUUGGUCGGAAGCCGCUGCCGGUGCCGCUAACCCACAGAACCACAAAUCAGCCGAGACCAACCUUCCUAUACGAGAGCCACGACCGAGACCCUCAUAUCUAUCGCGCUCAACCACCGAUGAUACCAACAAUUUCACUCUCUCGACGGUCCUCCCUGAUGGAAACAUGAGAAGACCAGAGUCUUCUCCCCANCUAGUAACAUGUGAAUCGCCUAUCUCACCAACAUCACCCGUAACAUCCGAACCACCAUUACAGUUACCACCAUCACCUGCAGAUGAGUCAUUGGAGCAAUAUCAGCAGGAUCACAAGGAGCAUUGGACCCCACCAGACAGAAAGNNGGGGAGUCUAGGAAUGUCGACGACGACGAGCUCGAGUGCCUAUCAAGACAGCUUGAGGAACUCACUUGGCAGUGUAACAUCGCCAACAUCGACUAGGGCCACGACACCUGAUCGAUACCAGCGGCAUGUCCGGGCCAAUCCAAGUCUUUGCACCCAUGGCAGUGUAUUGAGUGUUGCGACCACUGCUAAUGGCAGUGACCACGAUGCCGAAGUCCUAAUGAGGUCGUAUGCGCAUGAGUUGCUGUACAACAAGGACGGACAGGUUGUCGGUGGAACACUAGCAGCUCUUGUCGAGAAGCUUACAAGUCAGUAUGGUCCGCCAGAUCCCGAGUACAACGCGGCUUUCCUUCUCACGUUCCGUCUCUUCACGAAUGCUGUGGAGUUGACGCAGGCACUGAUUACUCGAUUCCAAUACGCUGGAGACUGCAAUACGGACAGCUCUCCUGCACGUCUUAGGGUGUACAACUUCUUUAAGACCUGGCUCGAGUCUCAUUACCAAGUUGAGAGCGACGCACCCGCUCUAGAGAUCAUACAUGGAUUUGCGGUCCAACAACUGAGCCUCCAAUUCGCCGGCCCAGGCCAACGUCUGGCUGAUUUGACCAAGAUCACAUCCCAAAUUCAGACGACCAGCGUGGCAAGUCAGUUGGUCUCUGCUAUCGGCAAAACUUGUGUUUCAUUGGGCAGUGACUACGANAAAACCAUCAUACCUCAUGCCAACAUCAACAAGGAGCAGUUGUAUCUUCUGGCGGGCGCAUUUCCAACCAANAAACUCACUCUAUUGGACCUGGAUGCUGUCGAAGUCGCUAGACAACUCACCAUCAUAGAGUCNAAAAGAUUCUGCGCUAUACAGCCUCAUGAACUACUCGGUCUCGAGUGGACGAAGAAGAACGGGCGCGCCGAAAACGUUCGAGCUAUGUCAAAGUUUUCGACAAAUCUCACAAACCUCGUUGCCGACACUAUACUUGAAGCUGAACAAACCAAGAGACGUGUUGCUGUUCUGAAGCAUUGGAUCAAGAUUGCAAAGCUGUGUCUGGAUAUCGAUAACUACUCGGCUCUCAUGGCGAUAUCCUGUUCUCUCACUAGCUCAGCAAUCGCAAGACUGCGCCUUACCUGGGGUCAGCUGUCGCCCAAGACGAAUGCCAUCUUCGAGGAAAUCAAGGAGAUAACCGACAUAUCACGUAACUACGCCACCCUCCGACAGCGUUUGCAAACACCCAAGGCACCAUGUCUACCAUUUGUGGGCAUGUAUCUUACUGAUCUUACCUUCGUGGAUGCUGGUAACUCGAACACCAGACCUCUGCCCAGUGACGAUGGAGACGGCAAUGAAACCAAGCUGGUGAUUAACUUCGACAAACACAUGCGUUCGGCACGAGUCGUGAGUCAUCUACAGCGCUAUCAAGUGUCCUACCGCCUUCAACACGUACUCGAGAUACAGGAAUAUUUGGAAGGUCAGCUUGACCGUGUAGAGACGAGCGAUCGAUGCACUGUGAUGAGCUUCUGGCGCCGCAGUCAGGCACUGGAAGCACGCAGUAAAGGAGAAGAGCGCCCUGAGUCAAGAGAGGAGAGGGAAAAACCAAGCAGCUUCAUGAGCAGCAUGCUUCGACCAAAGAAGAAGGCGAGUUCAGCCGGACUCAAUGCACUUUUGCACAGAGUCAGAUCGGCCGGAUCGGGUCACACCAACGAGUGA